UGCGUCCUGCGGGCCUGCAGUGACAAGAUUGGGCUGCGUGCCAAGUGCGUGCGUGCGUGCGUGUGGUUCGCGAAUCGCCAAGAUGCUGCGGUGCUCCGUCGGCACUCGCCGCAACUUGCAGUGCUCUGGGCGUCCGUUCAUGUAUCGGAAGACUCUGGACCCUCGACACGCUGAACUACUGGACAAAAGAGCCGAGUGCGAAGUGAACGUAGUUUGUGGAUCGCAUUACCGACAAUUCAUCACUUGCUACGCGGUUAGCCAGAAAUUCUGCUGUGACCCGUUUGAAGCCCACCGCCUGAAGAAUGUCUCCAGCUCGUUGAAACCUGUCUCAGCCCAGCUUCAUGACAAGUGCGUUUCAUUGUUACCAGCAGUUGUAGAGGGAAAAAAACUGUGCAUAUCGUGCCUGAAGGAGGUGCACAGCCGCCUUGCUGUGAAGUCACCGCAGCGGGACGAGGCGGCUGCACUGGCCACCUCACGCACACCAUCUCAGCGCCAGCAACGAAUCCCAACACCAGCCGCUGAAGCAGCAUCUCCUGCGGCUCCGGGCUUCGUGGUUAGCAAGGGAAUUCCCUGCGGUCCAGCGUCGGCGCCUCCCUCCAUCACGUCGGACAUCAGUGAUGCCAGUUCCGGUGAGGUGGUGCCUUCGCCGUGUCAAGUGGCGCUUCAGCGGUGGAACACGGGAACGGGGCUCUUCGGAGGCUCUCCAGCUGAUCGAAAAAAGCUGCAAACCUCAAACAAGUACAAAGAAAAAAAAUUCGGCUUCGCUGUGAAUUUGCUGAAAGACACUUUGAACAAGGCUGCUGGAAAAACUACUGAAAUAACCACUAAAUUUGAGAAGGCAGGGCAAGAAAUGGUUAAUCAGUUAAAGGAUAAAUUCGAAAACUCUGAAACUUAUGCUGAGAAAAUAAGGAUAUUGUCGGUUCUUCCUGCUAGUUGGACAAACGCCCAAAUUAAAACAGAGUUUCAAGCUACCUUGCACAUGAUUAAAGUAACAAAAAAACUAGUUGCUGAACAAGGAAUCUUGUGCACUCCAAAUCCCAAGAAAGGAAAGGCACUAUCUCCUGAAACUGAAGACAUUGUCAAAAACUUUUAUGAGCUCCCAGAGAUUAGUCGUGAAAUGGCUGGAAAAAAAGAAUGCAUAAGCGUGACAGCAAACGAUGGAACUAGGUCUCUUGUGCAAAAGCGACUGAUUCUUGGUGACCUGAAGGAAAUCUAUGACCUUUUCAAAACAAAGCAUCCUGAAGUUAAAAUAGGCUUCUCUAGAUUUGCGUCACUGAGGCCACGCCACUGCGUGUUAGCAGGAGCCCCUGGUACACAUGCAGUUUGUGUGUGCAUGGUACAUCAGAACUUUAAGCUCAUGUUUAUGGGUGCUUGUCUUGGUAGCCUAAAGUUAGGCGAAGAAAAGAGAUUUGAACAUUACCGCAAUUUCAUUACCGAAACAAUGUGUGAAGUGCCUCUUGAAGACUGUCACAUCGGCGCGUGCCAAAAAUGCCCUGGAAUAUCCAAAGUAGGAGAAGAUUUAAAAAAUCUGCUGGCUGAGAACUUUAUUUCUGAAAUCACAUACAAAAAGUGGAUAAAAAAUGAAAAGACAGGAAGGUUUUCACUUGAGACCAUGCAUCAAACAACAGAUGAAUUUGUGGAACAACUAUUGGACUCGAUCCCAGAGUUGAGACACCACGACUACGUUGUCAAGCAGCAGGCACAACACUAUGAGAAAGUGAAAAAUGGACUGAAAGAGAACGAAGUUCUGGUAGUGGCUGACUUCUCCGAGAACAUGUCUUUUGUAAUCCAAGAUGCUAUCCAGGGCGCCUAUUGGAAUAAUGAGCAAGCCACCAUUCAUCCAUUUGCCUGCUACUGGAGAAACCCUGAAACAAAAACAGUGGAACCUUUGAAUCUAGUUGUCAUUUCAGAUCACUUAAAACAUGUUACGACUACAGUAAGCAAAUUUCAAGAAGUUCUUAUCAGUUUCUUAAAAACAAAAAUGCCCAAUUUGAACAAAAUUUAUUACUUUUCUGACGGUUGUACCGGUCAGUACAAAAAUCGGUACAACAUGCAAAAUGUUCUGAGGCAUUAUGAUGACUACGGAGUCCAUGCAGAAUGGCACUUUUUUGCGACUUCUCACGGUAAGGGCCCUAGUGACGGGCUUGGUGGGACUUUGAAGAGAAAUGCCACAAGAGCAAGUCUGCAGCGGCCCUACAACAACCAAAUACAAACCCCUGAAGACCUGUACAAUUGGGCAAAAGAUAGAUUUGAGAAAAUAACAUGUGCCUAUGUAUCUAGCAAAGAAGUAGUUAUGCAUUCAAAAAAAGUUGCAAAAAGAUUUCUAUCUGCACCUAGUCUGGAAGGAAUACGGUCCCAUCAUUGCUUCAUUCCAAGGUCACAGGAGCAAAUAGAAAUGAAACUCCUCUCUUCGUCUGCAAGUGGACGCAUCAUCCAGCUCCGUGCAACCAGGUGGCCAGCUGAAAUGGAAGAAGAGGGACUGGGAGAAGACGACAUUGAUGCUAUGACAGGAAUUGCUUCUCGCACAAGGCUGCAAAGUAGUGCGGUGAAGAAAACAAGAAAAAGAAAAUAUCAACAGGCUGGGUCUCCAGAAAUCGCCGUCAACCUAAGGCUGCAAGGUGCUGAAAAGAGAAGGCGCAAGUCACAACAGCCCGAGUCACCAAAAAUCGCCUCCCGAACCAGGUCAAGGCAAACCUAAAAGAAGCAACAAGAGAGUAAAGAGAUG